AUGAGCACACCGUGUUCACGACGCACCAUACCACGUCCCCAAUGCUCAGACACGCCGGCCAACACCACAGUGCAACGAGAAGCGAGAGCGAGUGAGAAGGAGCCAGCGUUGCCAAAAUGGUUGAUAUCCUCUGAGCGACGAGGUUGGCGACGCGUGGUGCAGAAUUUCACGCCGUCUUGGUUUGCUGUUACCAUGGGUACGGGCAUCGUUGCGGUACUGCUGCAUACGCUUUCAGAAGUGUAUCCACGGUAUGGCGAGAGUUUGAGGCUGCUUGGGAUUGUAUUUUUUGUGCUGAAUGUGUGUUUGUUCGUUGCAAUUCUGAUAAUUUCCGUACUGCGGUAUACGCUGUAUCCGGCGACGUGGGGAUUGAUGUUGCGGCAUCCGGUGCAGAGUUUGUUUUUGGGUACGGUGCCGAUGGGGUUUGCGACGAUUGUGAAUAUGUUUGUGGUUGGUUGUGUGCCGGUUUGGGGUGGGUGGGCGGUGUAUGUGGCGUGGGCGAUGUGGUGGGUGGAUGUGGUGGGUUCUAUUGCUUGUUGUUUGUGGUUGCCUUUUCAGAUGAUGACGAAGCAUCAGAACAAGCACGAGACGAUGACGGCAGCAUGGCUUCUGCCCAUUGUCGCAUGUAUUGUUGCCGCCGCCUCCGGGGGCGUUGUAGCCUCGAUUCUACCAGACGCGAACCACGCACUCAUUACGAUUCUAACCAGCUACGUGCUCUGGGGCAUGGGCGUGCCGCUCGCGUUUGUCGUAAUGGCCAUGUACUUCCACCGGCUGGCCAUCUACAAGCUCCCACCUUCAGAAGUCAUCGUCAGCGUUUUCCUCCCUCUCGGACCCAUGGGCCAGGGCGGCUACGCAGUCAUGCAGCUAGGUGUACAGGCCGCGAGGGUGUUUCCACUAACGGGGACGCUGCAUCCCAUGGCGGGCGAGAUCAUGUAUGUGCUUGGGUGGGCGAGUGCGAUGGUGCUGUGGGGGUUUGGACUGGUGUGGUUGUUCUUUGCGGUUGCGUCGAUUGCGCGCACCAGGUUUCCGUUUAAUAUGGGAUGGUGGGGAUUUACGUUUCCCAUUGGGGUGUUUACCAUGUCGACGCUGACUAUGGGGUUGGAAUUGCCGUCUGCGUUCUUCAGGUAUCUUGGGACGGUACUUGCUGUUAGUGUCAUGUUGCUCUGGUUUAUUGUUGCUGGGGGCACGGUGAAGAAUAUUCACAGCGGGAAUCUGUUUGAGGCGCCUUGUUUGCGGGAGAUGGAGAGGAAGGCUAGGGCUGAAGGGGCGGAGAGGAGGCCUCAGGAGGCGUGA